CCCAAAGACACCAACGAGCCAGAAGACCAGCAAUCUCUACAGAAGUACCAGAGACAAGUAACAGUGUCCACUUCCCCACAGCUGGGUGGUAUCUGUGGCCAGCCACAGGCCUGGGCUUUGGUGUCAGGGAGGCGGUGACUGUGACAAUUGCAUUUGAGUCUUGGGGUCAGCACCUGGACCUGGCCCUGCAACAAGACAAGCGCCGGAUGGUGGCAGGUCCUUUGUUUGACAUCACAGCAGAGCCUGUAGGGGCCAUAGCCAAAAUCCACCUGCCCCACUUCAUCUCCCUCCCAGAAGGUGAGGUUGAUAUCUCCUGGUUCCAAGUUGCCCAUUUUAAGGAUGAAGGAAUGGUCCUGGAGCAGCCAACCCGGGUGGAGCCUUUUUACGCUGUUCUAGAAAACCCCAGCUUCUCUCUGAUGGGAAUCCUGCUGUGGAUCGCCAGUGGUACUGGUCUCUCGGUCCCCAUCACUUCCACCACACUCAUCUAUUAUCACCCUCAUCCUGAAGAUACUAAGUUCCACGUGUACCUUAUCCCCAGUGAUUGCACACUAACAAAGGCAAUAGAUGAAGAGGAAGACAGGUUCCAUGGUAUGCGUCUGCAGACCUCACCCCCAGUGGAACCCCUGAACUUUGGUUCCUGUUAUAGUGUGUCUGGAUGCACACACCUGGAAAUAGUUCCCAAGGAGCUGAAAUUAUCCUACAGAAGCCCUGGAGAGAUCCAGCCUUUCUCUAAAGUCUAUGCUGGGCAGAUGAAAGAACCAAUUCAACUGAAAAUUACUGACAAAAGUCUUGGGAGCCUGGUCUGGGAGACUUUGGUGAAACCAGUGGAUCUCCAGCUUGGUGCCACAUCAGCCCCACCCACUUUCUCAGGAGCAGCCUUUGUGAAGGAGCACCACCGGCAACUCCAAGCCAGGAUGGGAGACCUGGAUGGGGUGUUGGAUGAUCUUGAGGACAGAGAAGUCCUCACCAAGAAUGAGAAGGAGCUGGUGGAGCAGGCACAGACACGGCGGAGGAGGAACGAGACCCUGUUAAGGAUGGUGGAGAGCAAAGGGGACCAGGCCCUGGAGUUGCUCUACGGGAGCCUCAGUGAAAGGGACCCUUACCUAGUAUCCUACCUCAGGCAGCCAAGUUAUUCCUCAUGACUCAAAUACUCAGUAUGCCAUGAAGGAUUAAGCUUGCCCAAAGAAAAAUUUGUCCAUUUUCCCCCAGGUCUUGGUAAGCAACACUUGAUCCCUUGAAUAUUCUGCCUGAUAAGAGUGUCUUUGUUUACCUGGGGGCUUUAGGUCACACCUGAUAGCCUAUGAUAACAAUGUGAGGAUUGGGUCACACCUGAUAAUCUAUGUUAACAAUACGAUUUAUAAUGGAAUCACAGUCUAUGUGGAAGCUUCUCAACCCCUAGAGACCCUGGAGACUAAGGUCAGCCACACAGAUUGUCAGUGUUGUCUAUGUGACUGACCCUGAAUAUAAACUCUGGACUCCAAGGUUCAGGUGAGCUUCCUUCACUGGCAAUUGUUACUGAGAGAAAUAGUUAUUGUCUGCAUGACUCCCCUGGGAGAGGACAAUUGGAAAAUCUGCACUUGGAACUCUCCUGGCCAUUGCUCUGCCCUAUGCAUCUUUUUCCAUUUCUGACUUUAAUCUAUACCCAUUUGCUGUAAUAAGCUGUAAUCGUGAGUAUAAUGGCUAUGAGUACCUCUAUGAAUCAUUGAACCUGUGGGUGGUCUUGGGGAGCCUCCCAAACUUGAGCUUUGCCUGAAUUUAUAACCUUGGCUGCAUUAGUGAGAGCCCUUAAGAAUAAAAAUUAGUUAGGGGUUCUAAUGCUUGCCUCUCUGGGUUGCUGCUUUUGCUAAGGUUUUUGCCAAGCAGUUCUUUAUAUAGCUUGUCAGUGCUUUGAAGCUUUAAGAGAUCAAAAACAUAUUCUCUCCAUCAUUUUCAUUUGUUUUCUUCAAGAGGAUAGGUGCCGAGAACCUAGGCCAAUAUUUUUGGAAGGAAACACUUUAGAAACCCAUAGUAGACAUAGUAACAGUUCAUGAGCAUAUAAGUCUGAACUAAAGUUGAGGUAAAUAAAUUAUUGAAAUUUAGAAGAAAAGCUAACAUUGCCUUAAGAUAAGAAGAAAUAUGGUUUUAUAUUUUUUAACCCAGCAUAAAACGUUUCAGAUUUAGAGCAUUUAUAUAAUAUUUUUGAAAAAGCAUAUGUCAGAAUUUAGUAUUUAAAACAUCACAAAUGUAAGUGAAGUCCUCUGGGCAUCCUUCCCAUAUCCCACUAAGGUAACCACUAUCCUGAAUUAUAUGUUUCUCAUGUUUAUGUUUUCCUUAAUUUUCCCUAUGUGUAUGUUUCCCUGUAAAAUCCAUGAGCUAUUACUUGGCAUAAUUUUAGAAUUAAUAGAGAGCUCAAUAUUGUAGGUAUUCUUAUGAAACUCGUUUUGUAUGCCUUGAAAUAAUUUAUUAAAAUGGUUAAAAAAAUGAUUAUGUACUAAUAAUGCUUUCCCUCAAUUUAAUUGUAGUUUGAUAGUGGCUCAGAAUUAAACUAAAAACAUUUUUAGUACUAUGGCUUUAAAAAAAAAAACUUAUUGUGCUUUAAGUGGAAGUUUACAAAUCACGUCAGUCUCUCAUACAAAAUCUUACACACACAUUGCUAUGUAACCCUAGCUGCUCUCCCUGUAAAGUGACAGCACACUCCUCCCCUCCACCCUGUAUUCCCCAUGUCCAUUCAACCAGCCCCUGUCGACCUCUGCCUUCUCAUCUGGCCUCCAGACAGGAGCUGCUCACAUAGUCUCAUGUGUCUACUUGAGCCAAGAAGCUCACUCCCCAUCAGUAUCAUUUUCUGUUUUAUAGUCCAGUCUAAUCCCUGUCUGAAGAGUUGGCUUCAGGAAUGGUACCAGUCCUUGGGCUAACAGAGGGUCUGGGGCCCAUGACUUCUGGUGUCCCUCCAGUCUCAGUCAGACCAUUAAGUCUGGUCUUUUUAUGAGAAUUUGAGGUCUGCAUCCCACUGUUCUCCUGCUGCAACUGGGAUUCUCUGUUGUGUGCCCUGUCAGGACAGUCUUUAGUGGUAGCCAGGCACCAUCUAGUUCUAGUCUCAGACUGAUGUAGUCUCUGGUUUCUGUGGCCUUUUCUGCCUCUUGGGCUCAUAUUUACCUUGUGUCUUUGGUGUUCUUCAUUCUCCUUUGCUCCAGGUGGGUUCAGACCAAUUGAUGCAUCUUAGAUGACCGCUUGGUAGCGUUUAAGACCCCAGACACCACUCACCAAAGUGGGAUGCAGAAUGUUUUCUUAAUACAUUUCGUUAUGCCAAUUGACCUAGGUGUCCCCUGAAACCAUGGUCCCUAGACCCCUGUCCCUGCUACUCUGGUCUUUGAAGCAUUUGGUUGUAUUCAGGAAACUUCUUUGCUUUUGGUUUUGUCCAGUUGUGCGGACCUCUCCUAUAUUGUGUGUUGUCUUUCACUUCACUUAAAAUAGUUCUUCUCUACUAUCUAAUUAAUGAAUACCCCCCUCCCUCCCUCCCCAGCCUCAUAACCAUCAAAGAAUAUUUUCUUCUGUGUUUAAACUUUUUCUUGAGUUCUUAUAAUAGGAGUCUCAUACAAUAUUUGUCCUUUUGUGAUUGACUAAUUUCACUCAGCAUAAUGCCUUCCAGAUUCCUCCAUGUUAUGAGAUGUUUCACAGAUUCAUCUUUCUUUAUUGUUGCCUAGUAUUCCCUUGUGUGACUGUACCAUAAUUUGUUUAUCCAUUCAUCCAUUGAUAGGCAUCUUGGUUGUUUCCAUCUUUUUGCUAUUGUAAACAGUGCUGCAGUGAACACGGGCAUGCAUAUAUCUAUUCACAUGAAGGCUCUUAUUUCUGUAGGAUAUAUUCCAAGGAGUGGGGUUGCUGGAUUGUAUGGUAGUUCUAGUUCCAGCUGUUUAAGGAUGUGCCACAUCAAUUUACAAAGUGGUUGUACCAUUUUACAUUCCCACCAGAAGUGUGUAAGUGUUCCACUCUCUCCACAACCUUUCCAGCAUUUAUUAUUUUGUGUUUUUUGGAUUAAUGAUAGCCUUGUUGAGGUGAGAUGGUAUCUCAUUGUAGUUUUGAUUUGCAUUCCUGUAAUGACUAACGAUCCUGAGCCUUUCCUCAUGUACCUGUUAGCCGCCUGAAUGUCUUCUUCAGUGAAGUGCCUGUUCAUAUCCUUUGUCCAUUUUUUAAUUGGGUUAUUUUUCUUUUUGUUGUUGAGGUUUUGCAGUAUCAUGUAGAUUUUAGAGAUCAGAUGCUGAUCAGAUUUGUCAUAGCGAAAAACUUUUUCCCAGUCUGUAGGUAGUCUUUUUACUCGUUCGGUAAAGUCUUUGGAUGAGCAUAGGUGUUUUAGGAGGUCCCAGUUAUCUGGUUUCUCUUCUGGUGUUUGUCCAUUGUUAGUAAUGUUUCGUAUGCUGUUUAUGCCAUGUAUUAGGGCUCCUAGUGUUGUACCUUUUUUUUUUUCCAUGAUCUUUAUCACUUUAGAUUUUAUAUUUAGGUCUUUGAUCAAUUUUGAGUUAGUUUUUGUGCAUGGUGUGAGGUAUGGGUCGUGUUUUAUUUUUUUCAGAUGGCUAUCCAGUUAUGCCAAUGCCAUUUGUUAAAGAGACUGUCUUUUCCCCAUUUAACUGACUUUGGGCCUUUGUCAAAUAUCACCUGCUCGUAUAUGGAAGGAUUUAUGUUUGGAUUCUCAACUGUGUUCCAUUGGUCUAUGUAUCUGUUUUUGUACCAGUAGCAGGCUGUUUUGACUACUGUGGCGGUAUAAUAGGUUCUAAAAUCAGAUAGUGUGAGGCCUCCCACUUUGUUCUUCUUUUUCAGUAAUUCUUUACUUAUCCAGGGCCUCUUCCCCUUCCAUAUGAAGUUGCUGAUUUGUUUCUCCAUCUCAUUAAAAAAAAGGUAUUGGAAUUUGAAUUGGGAUUGCAUUGUAUCUAUAGAUCGCUUUGGGUAGAAUAGACAUUUUCACAAUGUUGAGUCUUCCUAUCCAUGAGCAAGGUAUGUUUUUCCACUUAUGUAGGUCUCCUUUGGUUUCUUGCAAUAGUGUCUUGUAGUUUUCUUUGUAUAGAUCUUUUAUGUCUCUGGUUGGAUUUAUCUGUAAGUAUUUUGUCUUCCUGAGGGCUAUUGUAAAUGGUACUGAUUUGGUGAUUUUCCUCUUCAACAUUCUCUUUGGCGUAGAGGAAUCCAGCUGAUUUUUGUAUGUUUAUCUUGUACCCUGAUGUUCUGCUGAACUCUUCUAUUAGUUUUCUUGUGGAUUCUUUAGGGUUUUUUGUGUAUAAGGUCAUAUCAUCUGCAAAUAGAGAUAAUUUUACUUCUUCCUUUGUUUCUUUUUCUAGCCUAACUGCUCUGACUUGGACCUCCAGCACAAUGUUGAAUAAGAGUGGUGAUAAAGGGCAUCCUUGUCUUGUUCCCAUUCUCAAGGGGAAUGUUUUCAGACUUUCCAUUUAGGAUGACGUUGGCUGUUGGCUUUGUAUAAAUGCCUUUGAUUAUGUUGAGGAAUUUUCCUUGUAUUCUUACUUUGCUGAGAGUUUUUAUCAUGAAUGGGUGUUGGACUUUGUCAAAUGCCUUUUCUGCAUCAAUUGAUAAGAUCAUGUGGUUCUUGUCUUUUGUUUUAUUUAUGUGAUGGAUUACAUUGAUUUUUUUUUCUAAUGUUGAACCAUCCCUGCAUACCUGGUAUGAAUCCCAUUUGGUCAUGUGAAUUAUUAUUAUUAUUUUUUGAUAUGUUGUUGAAUUCUAUUGGCUAGAGUUUUUUGAGGAUUUUUGCGUCUAAGUUCAGGAGGGAUAUAGGUCUGUAAUUUUCUUUUUUUGUAGUGACUUACCUGGUUUUGGUAUCAGGGAUAUGCUGGUUUCAUAAAAUGAGUUUGGAAGUUUUCCAUCCUUUUCUAUGCUCUGAAAUACCUUUAGUAAUAGUGGUGUUAGCUCUUCUCUAAAAGUUUGGUAGAAUUCUCCAGUGAAGCCCUCAGGGCCAGGUUUUUUUUUGUUGUUGUUAUUUGGAGUUUUUAAAUUACCUUUUCAAUCUCUUCUUUUGUUAUGGGUUUAUUUAGUUGUUGUACUUCUGUUUGUGUUAGUUUAGGUAGCUAGCGUGUUUCUAGAAAUUUGCCCAUUUCCUCUAGGUUUUUUAAUUUGUUGGGAAUACAAUUCUUCAUAGUAAUCUGAUAUGAUUCUUUUAAUUUCAGUUGGGUCUAUUGUGAUAUUGCUCGUCUCAUUUCUUAUGUGGGUUAUUUGCUUCCUCUCCUGUUUUUUUUUUGUUUCUUUGGUCAGUUUUGCCAAUGGUUUAUCGAUUUUGUUGAUCUUUUCAAAGAACCAGCUUUUGGUCUUGUUAACUCUUUCAAUUGUUAUUCUGUUCUCUAUUUCAUUUAAUUCUGCUCUAAUUUUUAUUAUUUGCUUUCUUCUGGUGCCCAAAGGUCUCUUUUGUGGAUGUCUAUUUGUUCAAGUUGUAGGGAUAACUCUUUGAUUUUGGCCCUUUCUUCUUUUUGGAUGUGUGCGUUUAUUACUAUAAAUUGACCUCCAAGCACUGUUUUAGCUGUGUCCCAAAGAUUCUGAUAGGAAGUGUUUUCAUUCUCAUUGGAUUCUAUGAAUUUCUUUAUUCUGUCCUUAAUUUCUUCUGUAAGCCAGUGGUUUUUGAACAAGGUAUUGUUCAGUUUCCAUGUAUUUGAUUUCUUCUCCCUGCUUUUUCUGUUACUGAUUUCUACUUUUUUGGCUUUAUGGUCAGAGAAGAUGCUUUGUAAUAUUUCCACAUUUUGGAUUCUGUUAAGUCUUGCUUUAUGAUCUAUUAUGUAGUUUAUUCUGGAGAAUGUUCCAUGUGCAUUGGAAAAGAAAGUCUACUUGGCAUCUGUUGGGUGGAGUGUUCUGUAUAUGUCUAUGAGAUCCAGUUGAUUGAUUGUGGCAUUUAGAUCUUCUGUGUCUUUAUUGAGCUUCUUUCUGGAUGUUCUGUCUUUCACUGAAAGUGGUAUGCUGAAAUCUACUAUUAUUGCAGAGCUGCCUAUCUUGUUUUUCAGUGCUGAUAGAGUUUGUUUUAUGUAUCUUGCAGCCCUGUCAUUGGGUGUGUAAAUAUUUAUUAUGGUUAUUUCCUCCUGGUAUAUUGACCCUUUAAUCCUUUUAUAGUGUCUUUCCUUAUCCUUUGUGGAGGAUUUAACUUUAAAGUCUAUUUUGUCAGAAAUUAAUAUUGCUAUUCCUGCUCUUUUUUGAUUGCUGUUUGCUUGACAAAUUUUUUUGCCAUCCUUUGAGUUUUAGUUUGUUUGUGUCUUUAAGUCUAAGGUGUGUCUCUUGUUGGUAGCAUAUAGACAGAUUAUGUUUUUUAAUCUAUUCUGCCACUCUCUGUCUCUUUAUUGGUGCGUUUAGUCCAUUUGCAUUCACCAUAAUUAUGGGUAGGGCAUAAGUUCAGUGCAGCCAUUUUGAUGUCUUUUUUGUGCUUUGUUGACAGUUUCUUUUUUCCUCUUAGUUUUUUGUGCUAAGUAGCUUUCCUUUAUAUGUUGUCUUUUCCUCUUUUUCAUUGUUGUUGAUUUUGUUUUUGCUGAGUCUUUAUGUUUUUCUUGUAUUUUAUUUUGAUGAGUAGGAUUGUUAGUCUCUUUUGUCGUUAUAUUAAUAUUUACCCCUAUUUUUCUACAUUUAAACCAAUCUUUUAUUUCUUUAUAUCACCUUGACUUCUUCUCCAUAUGAAAGAUCUAUGACUACAUUUUUUAGUCCCCCUUUUUUGUUUUAAUGUUGUCAUCUUUUACAUAAUGAUGUCUCUAUUUCCCUGUUUUGAAUGUUUUAGCUUAGAUUUAUUUUUGUGAUUUCCCUAUCUGGGUUGAUAUCUGGUUGCUCUGUCCUGUGUUCUAGUUUUGGGUUGUUAGUAUUUCUUGUAAUUUUGGUUUGGUUUUUGAAAAUUUCCUAAACUUCUUUUUGUCUGGAAAUGCCCUAAUUUCACCAUCAUAUUUGAGAGAGAGUUUUGUUGGAUAUAUAAUUCUUGGUUGGCAAUUUUUUUUUCUUUCAAGGCUUUAUAUAUGUCAUCCCAUUGCCUUCUUGCCUGCAUGGUUUCUGCUGAGUAGUCCACAUUUAGCCUUAGUGACUCUACUUUGUAGGUGACUUUUCAUUUAUCCCUAGCCGCACUUAAAAUUCUCUGUUUAUCUUUGAUUUUGGCAAGUUUGAUUAUAAUAUGUCUUGGCGACUUUCUUUUGGGAUCUACCUUGUAUGGGGUUCAGUGAGCAUCUUGGAUAGAUAUCUUCUCAUCUUUCAUAUCAGAGAAGUUUUCUGCCAACAAAGCUUCAACAAUUCUCUCUGUAUUUUCUAUUAACCUCCCCUUGUUCUGGUACUCCAAUCACUCAUACGUUAUUCCUCUUGAUAGAGUUCCACAUAAUCUUAGGGUUUUCUCAUUUUAAAAAAUUCUUUUAUCUGAUUUUUCCUCAAAUGUGUUGGUGCCAAGUGCUUUAUCUUUAGUUUCACUGAUUCUGAUUUUCUCUGCCUCAGUUCUGUUCCUAUGACUUUCUAUUGAGUUGUCUAAUUCUGAAAUUUUAUUGUUAAUCUUCUGGUUUUCUGUUUGCUGUCUCUCUAUGGAUUCUUGUCAUUAUGCUCUUCUCUAAUCUUCUUAAGUUCCUCUAUUGCUUUGUCUUUGUGCUGCUUGUCUUUUUCUGUGGCUUGCCUGAUCUCUUGAAGAGUUCUGUAUAUUAAUCUUUUGUAUUCUACCUCUGGUAAUUCUAGGAAAUUCUCUUCAUCCAGGAGAUUUCUUGAUUCUUUGUUUUGGGAGCUUGCCGAAGCCAUCAUGGUCUGCCUCUUUAUGUGAUUUGAUAUUGACUCUUGGUUUUGAGCCCUCAAUAAGUUACUGUAUUUAUUUAUUUUAUGUUUGCUUACUAUGUCCUAGCUUCUCGUUUUUUGUUUUGAUAUGCCCAAAUACAUUGCUCAGAGUGAGCUACUUUGAUUAUUGGCACCUUUGAAGCUCUAACGUCUUGUCACCAGGUGGUUAGAGCUGUUACUAGGUAUGUGAGCCUAAGAAUCCAUUCUCUUUUCUUGUAUGGAUUCAGCUCAGGUGUCCAGGUAGUUGGUCACCAAGUGUGUGUUGAAGGCUCUCACCUACAGUCCUAGAUGAGCAGAGGUGAUUCGUUUAGGCACAGGUAUCUGGAUUCAGUGGGGGUGGGGGGGUCACACACUGAGCAAGACAGUGGGCUGACAAGUGCCCCUGAGUGUCUCUGAGGAAAGGUGUUCCUGUUCCCUAGAGCACACAGGUAAUAAGUUUUGCAUCCAGACUAUGGGCACCCAAUGCUGUUGGCUGUAAGUACUGGGAGCCACCAUUUAUUCUUGGACCUGUGUUGCAGGUGGCUAGGCAGCAUGGGAGGAGCCACCAGUCCUUAGGCCCCUGAUGUGGUAGGUGAGGACCCUGCUUAAUAGGCAGAGUGGUGUCAAAUGUCACGAACCUGCCUCUCGACCAUAUAGCUGAAACAGUUGAAGUUAGACUUCAGGUAUGUACCCUGUUGUACUAUGCUAAUGAAGGCCUAUACUGUUGAAACGGGCCCACACAGGUUUAUGCAGGGGUGAAAGGCAUUCAAAGUCCACGGACCCCUUAUGCCUGUGCCUAGGCAACGGAGCUGUUUCUGCCCUGCGUUCCCAGCUUAGGGGAGUUGACAGAUUAUUUUUUCCCCUCUUUGUUAAUUUGUUCCCUCUCCAAGGCUGGGAGAAUGUGUCAGGAUGAGUGCCAGGUCCUACUUCUGAUCCAGGGGACACAGCCAGCUGGGACCUAAUGUAGAGCAGGAAGGGAGCAGGUAAGUGGGAGAGAGUUUUUCCCAAAGGGGUAUUUUUUGAUCUGAGCACUAGGUUAAAUGCACGUACUUAUCUUUUGCUCAUUGAGGGUUGCUUCUUGCUUGUUCUGGAGGAUUGAGAAGACUCUUUGCUGCUCAGCCCCUCCCGAUGUGGAAAACACAUCCCGAAAGCCACUGCUCGUCUCGCUACACUAGUGCCAAUGCAAUCAGCCUGUGGGGUGCUGACUUCUGCUGUGUCAGGUCUGGCAACUCCUCACUGCUUCUGAACUGUUUCUUCCUCUCCCUGCCACUCGGUUCCAUUCUUCAACUUUGCCUUUGAUGUUCAGGCUCCUAGCCUGUCAUAUAUAGUCGAUUCACUUGUUUUUUCAGGUAUUUGUUGUAAGAGGGACCACAGGAAGCGUCUGACUACUCCGCCAUCUUGGCUCUGCCUCCUGAAGAGUCCUUACCUGUUUUAUAGUUGCUAAUUGUGUUAAAUUUUCCAGUGUUUUAACUACCGUAAUGUGAUAAUUAUUAUUUAUGAACCUAUAUCAAUAACUUUUUUGAGAAUGAAGUAGUAACUAAAGGAAAAGAAAGAGAAAAAUAAAAUAAAACUUUUGCUCUGUUGCUAAUAAUGUUAUAAUUCAACAUAGGAAGAUUUUUCUAAACAAUUUUGUUAUUAGUAUUCAUAUAUCUAAGAAUAUUACAUUUAAGCAAUUUACAACCAUAUUUAUCACAUAUUAUUCUAUGAUUAAAAUUGGUAAUAAACAUUACUAAGGAUUCUGUAUGGUCUGGUAAGGGUAGAAGUUCUGGGAGGGGUGGGGUUGAAUGAAUUACCACACUAGGUGACACCAACCCUAGUGAUGCCACUUGCAGCAGAUAACUUGUAUCCUAGGUUUCACAGGUCCACAGAUGGAAAUUUUGCCCCCAGAUGGACCAUACCAAGUCUCACCUGCAUUUAAUUUCAACAAUUCAGAAGAUGAGGUUUUUGACUUAGAGUGGAUUCUGGGAUGGAGUAUUUUGGAUAUGCAAAGAACAUGAAUUUUGGGAGGCCAAAGGGUGGAGUGUCAUGGAUUGAAUUAUGCAUCCCAGAAAGAUAUGUUGAAGUCCUAACCCCUGUACCUGUGAAUGUGACCGUGUUUGGAGAAAUAGUUUUUCUUUUGUUAUGUGAGUGAGUACUUAUGAGUCCAACUCCUAGCAACUCUAUAGGACAGAGUAGAACUUCUCCAUAGUGUUUUCAAGGCUGUAAUCUUUAUGGAAGCAGACUGCCACAUUUUUCUCCCAUGGAGCAGCUGGUGGGUUUGAACCAUUGACCUUUCAAUUAUCAAUUGAUCACUUAACCACUGCAUCACCAGGGCUCCUUUACCAGAAUAGAGUGGUCCUAAACCCUUCUGAGUGGUGCCUUAUGAAACAGGAAAACAGACAUAGAGAAAAACACACAGUGAAAAGGUGCCAUGCAAUGACAGAGACAGGUGCAUCUACAAGGCCUGGAAUAUCAAAGGUUGCUAGCAGCUACUAGAAGCUGAAAGAGACAAAGAAGGACCUUCCCCUAGAGACAACACCCUGAAUUCGGACUUCUAGUUUCCAGAACUGUGAGAAAAUAAAUUUCUGUUAUUUAAGACCACCAACUUGAGGUAUUUUUGUUUCAGCAGCACUAGGUAAUUAACACAAUGUAAUACAUGCUGUGGAAACCCUAGUGGUGUAGUGGUUAAGUGCUACGGCUGCUAACCAAAAGGUCAGCAGUUCGAAUCUGCCAGGUGCUCCUUGGAAACUCUAUGGGGGCAGUUCUACUCUGUCCUAUAGGGUUGCUGGGAGUCAGAAUCGACUCAGCGGCACUGGGUUUGAUUUGGUUUUUGGUUAAUACAUGCUGUUGUUGUUGUGUUCCAUUUAGUUGAUUCCAAUUCAUUGUGACCCCAUAGGAAACAGCAGAACCGCCUCAUAUGGUUUCCAAGGCUGAAAUCUUUAUGGGAGCAAAUCACCAGGUCUUUUCUCCUGAAGAGAUGCUGGGGAUUUGAACCACUGAUCUUUCAGUUAGCAGAUGAGCACUUAACCAUUGUGCUACCAGGGAGAUAUAAAUUAUAUUAUGUAUAUGUUUAUAUAUAUAGGAAGAGAGAGUGAGCGAGAUAGAGCCCUGGUGGCAGAGUGGCUUAGAGCUUGGCUGCUAACUGAAACGUCAGCAGUUCAAACCCACCAGCUGCUCCAAGAAAGAGGGGCCCUCUGCUUCUGUGAAGAUUACAGCUUUUGAAACCCGAUGGUGUAGUUCUACUCUGUCCUAUAGGGUCACUAUGAGCCAGAAUCGAUGCAACAGUGAGGUUUGUACAUAUAAAAACAAACGAAAAUUUUCCAUCUCAUUGAUUCUGACUCCUACAGACCCUACAGGACAGAGCAGAACUGCCACAUAGGGUUUCUAAGUUGCUGCUGAUGGAUUUGAACUGCUGACCUUUUGGUUAGCAGCCCUAUGCUUAACCAUUG